AUGUGCAGCUGUCCCAUUGUACCAUGUGCAGCUGUCCCAGUGAGAACAAUGUGCCUGGAGGCUUUGCUGCCAAAGGCACCUCCCCUUAAUGCCUUCCAGAAAUCAAAACUACAAAGAAAAUUUUAUUUUUAUGAUAUUGAUGGGGAUGGUAUGAUAGAAUAUGAAGACUACAAAAAUUAUAUUGAUAAAAUUAAAUCUGUUUACAACCUGGCUGAAGGUGAUACAUUACUUCAUGCAUUUGAGACAGAGUUCCAGGCCCAUUGGUCCCGUAUGCUGAAACUCAUGGACGAAAACAAGGAUGGACAGCUAAGCAUGGAUGAGUGGAUGGACUACUAUCCAAGAGUCACUCAAACCUUCAAGGCGAAGACUUAUGACAACUUGCCUACAUUUUUACAGACUAUGGCUGAUGCCAUGUUCCAGAUCAUGGAUGCGAAAAAGGAUGGAUAUAUAGAUGCUGAUGAGUACAGGGAAUUCUGGGGAAAGAUUGACCCACCCUCCCUCGAAGCAGAUGAGGCUCGUAAACAAAUAGAUCACAUGACUGAUAAUGGUCACUACAAACUAACAUUGGAUAGAUUCCGGGAGGUAAUGGCCGACUUCACGUGGUCAAAAGAUGAGAAAACAAUUGGCAAAUAUGCUAUGGGGCCUAUUAGAACUUAGAAAUAGUGCCACUUAGUCUUACUAUUGUAUUUACGAGACUAUGAGAAUUCAUUCUCCUCAAAUUUCAAAUCUAAAGUUUACAAAGAAACAAGUUGUAUGAUUCUUCAGGGAGGCGUUAAUGAAGAGCUCCUUAUUGCCAUUUUCUCGCCAGAUACACAGCAGCAUUAACGUGUGCUUGUUUAGCAUUUUAUUCUUCAAUAUUUACGAAGAUGCAUUUUUUCUUCCUUUUACAUUGUAUUUUCAAUACAGCACAAAUUGUAUUUUUCUAUGCUGAGGAUCAGGUAUUUUUAAAUUAAUAGAUAGAAUAUAAAAACAAAAUUUAUUGUUAUGCUAAAUAAUACAGUAUUUAAUAGUCUGAUACACACACAUUUUCCUCUCAUGUCAUGCUAUGUCAAAUGUAGUUAUUUGCUGUUUACAAAGUUUGAUAUUUUAUAUAUAUUAUAUAUAUUUUGUCAUACUCGGAAGCUUAAGAUUUUAAAUGAUCACAUUUUGACAAAUAUUGUCAUGUUGUUCUGAAUCUGAUACAUAUAAUAUACAUGUUACAUUUUCAAAUCAAAGUGAAGAGUACUAUUUUUGUAAAACUGAGCUUUUAUUAAUGGAUAUAAAUAUAUGUAAUAGUUACUGUAAUAUUUGAAACAAUUGCUCUUUCUUGUUGUCAUAUAAAUAUUGUACUUACAGUACAUACAAUGAAUAAAAUCUGUAUGAUUUAGGAGAGACUUAAUAUAAGUUGUUUGGUAUUUGAUCUAAAUACUGGUAACCGAUGUAGCUUUUUUUACUAUAGAUACAGAUAAGGUAUUUUAACAUGUAUAAAUGCAACCUAAUGUAUUGUUUUUUUUGAGAAACAGAAAUUAUUUCAAAUAAAGUUGUUUUAAACAAUGAA